GAAAUGCAUAACAAUGGCUUCCCCAAUAUAAAUUACAACAAUAGAACCUUGAAAGUGUGGUUGCAGUCGGAUCCUAUUGGACAAAAAAUUGCUUUCACUAAACAGAAAGGUGCUGGUUGCAUUAUGCAUAGUGUGGUAUUUAGUGCCGACAUGACUGUGCCAGAAGCAAUUGCCAGUGGUUUUAAGUUGGGAUCAAGUUCAGUUAAAGAGGAAGUAGCUACUUAUCUCAGGAAAAGUGUGAAACAGGCAUAUACGGUGUCAAAACCGCUGCCAUGGCCACCCACUGCCGAUGACCUUGACGCUUUUCCUCCGGAGGAAUUGGUCCCAGAUGCACUUCAAACAUUUCUGACACAACUCGUAUGUGGAGAUUCUGCGGGGACUGAAAAGACAAGUUUAGUGUCCAACCAAGAAGAGACAGAUACCAGAGUAGUUUUGUACAUGCACUACGCAUCAACGAUUGGCUACCAGUCAGCUAUUGUGCGUACACCCGACUCUGACUUAUUCUUCAUUACCUUGUUCCAUGCACAGUCUGUACCACUGACAGUUUAUCUCGACGUUGGUACAGGAAAACAGAGACAGGUGGUGAAUAUUAGUGAGCUGGCAGACUCACAAGGUGCUGAAUACAGUGAGACUCUACUAGGACUUGCAUGUGUUCACCGGAUGCUGGGUGAUACUUGGACAGUUGAAGAAGAUGUUAUGCAGAUGUUAGAAGCGUUUUUUCUGUGUGAUGUAUGGGUGUCCAAGGGAGAGGUCUGUGAACACAUGUAG